AUGUCGUUACUGAGAACAGCACAACGUUUGUGGUCGUGUGGUGCUCAGUUGAAGGUGAACGGUGAGAUACCGUUGAUUGUCUACCAUUCAACUAGAUCCAAAUUGAGGGUGGUUGUGGCCGAUGUGCCUGGACCAAUGGUCAAAUGCGUUAUCUCAUUUGUUAUUAAUUAUUAUAACGAUAAUUAUAAUAUUCCAGCGACCGAAACGAACACAGACGAUGGAUUACCACACACACUCGAGCAUUUGGUGUUUAUGGGUAGUGAGAAGUAUCCGUACAAAGGAGUGCUGGAUAUAAUUGCGAAUCGUUGCCUUGCAUCGGGCACUAAUGCGUGGACCGAUCAAGAUCAUACUGCCUAUACGUUGAAUGCGGGUGUUGUGUACAGUGAGAUGCAAGAUCAUGAGUCUGACAUGCAGGAGAUCGUCUCGAGACAUCGCAAGGAACUCUUCUAUCCCGAAGGAUGUUCGUAUCGUGUUGAAACCGGUGGUCGUCUACCGAAUCUGCGUAGCUCUUGUUGUAACGAUAAAGUCCGCGAGUUUCACUCAAAAUUCUAUCACUUAAGCAAUAUGAUGAUCGUUGUUUGUGGAAUCAUUGAUCACCAAAAAUUACUCGAUACAGUCUCUGGUGUUGAAGAGAAUUUACUGGAUAGGAUACCGAAAUCUUUUGAAAGACCAUUUCAAGACGAAAUACCGAAAAUAGAUGAAUGUCGUGAGGCAUCUAUUGAAUGCCCAUCGGAUGAUGAGCAACGUGGAAUUGUCUCUAUUUCUUGGAUGGGGCCAACUGCUUCGGAUCUGUAUACGACGAAAGCACUGGAAGUGUUAUUCGAUUAUAUGGAAAAUACGGCAGUCGCACCGUUGCAAAAAGACUUCAUUCAAAUGGAAGAUCCAUUCGCAAGUUCGGUGUAUUUUUCGUUAUCCGAACAGAGUACAUCCGAAAUCGUUAUAUCAUUCGCUGGUGUUCCAAUUGAAAAGCUAGAAGAUAUUAAGAAAAGAUUAUUCGAUAAAACAAUUGUGGAACAUUUGGAUGCCGAGAAGUUCGAUAUGGAGCGACUCGGUUUCAUUAUUGAACAGUCAAUUUUGAAGUCGUAUCUGAAG